AUGCAAUUCAAGAACAUUCUUGCUAUUACUGCCAUUGCUGGCUUAGCUUCUGCAGCCAACAACUCAACUUUGACUACUGCUACUCCAAGUGUCAAAUCUGAAUGUUCAUUCAAAGAUUUCACCGCUACUGCUUCCAACCAAGUUCAACAAGUUGCUGCUUGUGCCACUGCUGUUGGUGACAUCACCAUUCAAGGUGAAUCUUUUGGUACCGUUGAAUUGACUGGUGUACAACAAAUUUAUGGUAGUUUACACGUUAAAAACGCCACCAAGGCCACUACUAUCAAUGCUGCAACUUUACAAUUAGUUUCUGGUGUUUUGGAAUUCAACGCCAACACCAUCUUGUCCGACUUGAACUUGGCUCAAUUGACCACUGUCGGUAGUUUCAAUUUGAAUGCUUUGCCAGCUUUGGAAAAGACUGGUUUGACUGCUGGUAUCACUUCUGCUGAAUCCGUUGUUAUUUCCGACACUGGUUUGAGUUCAUUGACUGGUAUCAAUGUUUUCAAAUUGAAAGUUUUCAACGUUAACAACAAUGACAACAUUGACACAAUUGAUUCUGGUUUACAAGAAGUCACUGAUACUAUUGACAUUUCUUAUAACGCUGAAAAGGUCGACGUUAUUUUGAAACAAUUGAGCAGUGCUAAGAACAUUGUUUUACAACAAGUUAACUCAUUCAGUGCUCCAAACUUGACCAUUGCUAACGGUUCAUUUGCUGUUUCAUCUUGUUCUGUUGAAAAAGUCGAACUUGCUGAAUUGACUUCUAUUGGUAAUUCAUUGACUAUCAACAAAAAUGAUGACUUGACUGAAUUAGAUUUCCCUAAAUUGAAAACCAUUGGUGGUGCUUUACAAAUCUCCGACAAUAGUGAAUUGAGAUCUUUCUCAGGUUUCCCUAAAUUGGAAAGCAUUGGUGGUUCCGUCAACAUUAACGGUACUUUUGACAAUGGUACUUUUGAAUCCUUAAAGAGAGUUUCCGGUGGUUUCAUCUUGAAGACUGACGGUAAAUUGUCUUGUAGUGCUUUCAACAAAUUGAACACCAACGGUGAUAUUAAAGGUGACAAAUUCCAAUGUGAAGACAGACAAACCACUUCUUCUUCUUCAUCCAAGAAAUCUGGUUCUGCUACUGAAACUUCUGGUUCAAGUGAAACUGGUUCUGAUUCAUCCUCAUCCGCUUCUGGUUCUUCUUCUUCUUCAAAGAAAGGUGGUGCUGCUUCCAACAAUGGUAAGUUAGCUUCCGUCGUUGCUGCUUUUGCUGCUGUUGGUGUUGCUUUAUUCUAA